AUGGCCGAUAACGAACACGCAAAUGAUGGGCUCAAUGAACCGCUGCUGAAGGCGGAGUACGCAGAAGGGGCAGGCACGGGCGGGGCUGGAGCAACCUCUGAUGAAACGAGUGCGGAAGAGCGGGUUGAGAGUGCUGAAGAGAGGACGAAGAAUGAUGAUGCAAGCUCGACGCAUGGAGCGGCGGGUUCGGACGCAGGGAGUACCGCGAGCGGAACGCCUUCAGCGCAUGGCGCUGGGACCGCGGCACGAGUCGCCUUGCAACACAAGAAGUUUAGCGCAUCGAAUAUCAACCAGCAGUGGCGGCAGAAGGCCUCGGGGCCGUCAACAGCGACGCACAGCGCGCCUCAUCCUGUUGCAGUGAAGGCGGCUGCAGGGCCAGUUGCGAAACCAACGCCGAUCGCGCCAACGCAAUCACGGCUUGUUACAGCAAAGCUCACUGCUCUACCCCCGUCCGCUUCACCAGCGGGCUGGUCACGCCCGUCGUCCGCUGCCAGUCCGGCCGCCUUUUCGCCAGCACCCGGCGCUGCUAGCGCGAAUGGCAACGCGCCUGGAGCCCCCGCGCCUACGGGUGUUGGCACUCUUUCGCAUCCGCACGGCGGGAAGACCACUGAUCUUCAAACACGCCUUGCUCCGACGGCCGGUGGCCCUGCACCUGUUGGUGCUAACAAACCGGCUUGGCGUAAUGUACAGCCUGCUCGGGAUCCUACAGCCUCAGAUAACGAUUUCCCAACCGCUGCCGAAGUAGCCCAGGGGCGUGUUCUGCGCGACCAAGAUCGCAAGGAGGUAGAGCAAGCUCACGCAGCGCAACAACAUGUUUUGCAAGAGCAAGCUGACGCAUUUCGCGGUGUCCAUCUCAAUCCGAACGCACACCACUGGGACGAGAUGGAAGAAGACGGGGACAACUUCCUGGACGACGUCAUCGACUUCGGCGACGGACGACAGUACAAGGUCGCCGAGUCUCCUGUGACAGCGGUGCAACCGGGACAUUUGACUGAGAGAACCUUUCGCGACGGCGAGGGCCCGAAGCAUCCAGAAGGCCCUGUCAGCAAAGAAGAGAGAUUUCAAGAGGAUUUCGAUCGAAGCUGGCCUCGGAGUAGAGAACAUGCGCGUCAUCAGUUCGCCCCGAGAGAUGCCCCGCCACAUGCAUCACUUCCUCCUGCGCAGGCGGGGUCCCGAGCUCUGUUCAACGAGCGAUUGAACAAACUUGAGCCGUACGCCUCAAACCACGUACCCUCAAGGCCGGCGGCGCCCUCCGCGGGCCACCGGGACGUAGUGCCUUCUCCGACGGAAUCAAGACAUAGUCGCGACGAGCCACCUCAUGCGCAACGGAGCGGCAUGCAACUGCUGCAGAAGUCUGAUCCUAACGUCCUGCUUGAACGCAGGGGCCAGCUUUCCAGCGGUCCUUCGUCCCGGGCAUGGGGGCAACCACCGGACAGAGAUUUGAGUCGGCGCGAUGGUCUUCCUGCACUGUCCCCCACAUCACCUCGACUGCCUCUGCAGAGCCCAAGAGACCAGCGUUCGCCGUUCCAGACCGCGCACUCACUCUCAGACAGCAGGUUCCUGCAGAACGGUCGCGAGUCUCGACCUCAAGCUUUAGAACCGGAGCAACAUGGAGCUGGACGUCAGCUGCCUCCUCACUUGGCAAUAGCUUCUGAUACGGCUUCCGCCGCCCUUCAGCAACCCGAGCCCUCGAUUAAGUCGCCAGCUGCAUCCGAGGCUUCUGCUGCGCCAGCGCCUCCCGCACAGCUAGCACCUCCUGCACAGUCGGCACCUUCCGCGGAACCAGCACCCACUCCGGUUCCCGAGACAGCCCAGGAGGCUCCGGCCCCACAAGCCGUCACCGUGAUUGACUACGAGGCCGUUAGUAAAGCUGCGAUGCAUACCGCGGCGGAGCGAGCAAGGCUUCGGCGACAGCAAGAGGAAGAAGAACGGGCUCGUGCGCAAGAGCGAGCACGGAAGAAGGCAGCUGAACUAGAGGAAAAGCUGAAAGCUGAACAAGCUGCUAAGCAAGCAGCCAGCCAAUCGCAGCUCGCAGCCUCAGAACGAGAAUCGAUGGAUGCGACUGUUGUCAGUAUCAUAGAGGAGGCUGCCAAGUCCGCGCAGGUUCCGAACGAGCAGGAACCUCGAGAGCGCUCUUCCUCUUUCACCCGAUCCACAGCCGCUCCGCCCACUCGCUUGACUCGCCCCCCCUCCCUACGAGGUGAUCCUCGGACGGGCAUGAGUCAACCUCGACCGCCAGCACGAAGGCUCCCUUCUCAGGUUUCGACUGCAAGCGAAGUAUCUUCGCCUGCUAUGGCGGUGGAGUCGUGGCGUUCGAACGCCCAUCCACUUCCUUCCGCCCCUGCUACCAAGUUUCCCACGCGCGCAACUGCAUCGGAAAGCGUACCGCUACCACCUCCACCACUGAUGGAUGGGCUUGACUCCCUCUCAAUGAAGCCUGGAGAGGACAUCGAGGAGGUCGACUUUACAGAGCUAGGCAAGUUUAUGGAUGCCGAUCAACAGGGAGAUGCCCCGCACGAACACCGAGCGCAGAGGCCCAUAGCAAGUGACUUCUUCGAAGAUUCGCCUACCACAGCUUCGAAUGAUUCCGCGACAUGGAGGCGACAUGCCCCUGUUAGGGAAACCAAUGAUCACUCUGCGAUCAUCCCUCCACAAGGUGCACUCCCUGCUACCAUUCAUGCGACGAGCCAAGCGAAAAACUUGGAAGUCAAUGCGGAGGCAUCUCGCAGGCCUGCUCCUCUCCUGCCAUCCUCAGUUCCUGCGAAACCGCCUGCGAACGGGAACCACCUUCACGCACACUCGCAUUCGCAGACUACCGUACCCGAUGGCUUCUCCGUGCAGAGAUCACCACGAUCGGCCACUUUCCGAGAUGCAUCUAUGACGGCGUUGGAUGACGCCAUGUCUCGAAUCAAAGGGGCCAUCGAUGGCAUGCACCAAGAGACAAAGCCGGGAUCCGACGAUACUCCAGAGCAUGCAUCGCUCCAGGAAGACGCCAUAGGUCGUCCGCCAGUCCCUCAAAGUAGAGAGAAAACUAAAUGGGUCCCCCCUGCACUCCGCUCCAACCCACCAGUCUUCAAAUCCCGUCAUCAUUUCGAGGAACCAUCCACUCCGCGAGAGGAGUUUAAUGUCACCCAACUCCCACCUCCACCUUCUCCCAAGCCGGCGUGGAACACCUUCACAGUCCGUCUUGCAAAGCGCGGCGUCCUUCCUGAGCCUGUAUCCAAGAAGCAGAUUAACUUGACUAAGAAUGCUGGUACUCAGGUUCGAUGGGACAUACUGUCAUUUGUACCGCCUGUGGAGGGCAUGACGAGACGAGAUCUAUCGGUCAACGACGUGCUAUUCAAACCCCAGUUCUUCAAGGGCAAGAUCAGCUACAAAGUCCGGUUACCGAGACCUUCCCCUCGAAUUGCGAACCUUGCUAGGACUUCAGGACAGGGUGUAGGCCCUCGUGUCAAUUUACCUGCAAGCAACGUUGGACUGAAGCCUGGCAGCAACGGGGCUUUCGGCAAGCCAAAAUCCCCUGCCGACGGCGCGUCAUGGCGAAAACCAUUAUCAAACACGCCAGUGGACGAUUCUGGACCCUCUCAAGAGGUCCUCAACCCUGUCAGCCGCUCGCCGCCGCCAGAGCUUCAGAGGACAGGUGGUGCUACUGAUUCUAGUGAACCGCCAUCCGUUAGCACGGCUGAAACGUCGGGCUCGAGGCGAAACUCACAGCCGAAGAUGCCGGAGGGUUCCUCAGUAGCCUUCUAUCGGGACUCGCGAGUGGCGACUAAGGUGGCAAGUACUGUGAACUUCACUGUGUUGAGCGAACUGGAAGAUGGUGCUGAAUAUCAGCAACCCGAUCCCGCGCCGACCGCCACGCGUGUGGACAUCGACCCGCCUGCAGCUUCUCGACUACCUUCGGCUCGGAUACCCCUGGCUCCUCUUCCGUCUCGUACAGAGGGCGCCGGGAGCGCGAAUACCGAGGGACCAUCUGACACCGCCCCCCGGCAAAUGGACCACAAAGGUCCCACCGAUAAUUCAGCAGACUCGCGUGUCAUAACCCCAGCUGCCCAGCCAACGUCCACUUGGACCAAAUCGCCCAUCGCGUUCCCUGUCAAGGAAAUGCUUCCUCGCGGGGCAGAGGAUGAGCGUUUAAAGGCAGUCUGGUCGCAGGCGUCAGAUAAGGCGGGGUUCUCGGCUGCUAACUCUUUGGAGAAGAUCGGUGAUGAUUUGACUGGAUUACCCUUCACCUUGCACGAUGUCAAGUCAGAGCAGGGCACUCCCCCGCCGACAUCCGCAACCAGCGGUCCAUUGCGGAUGUCCCUGUCAGACGUAACCCGGGCUUUCCAGCAAGUACCACAGUCUUCGGGCAAUCCGCCGGCGCAAAACAAUGCAACUAGUUCCCCAUCGGGUAAUACGUCGAAUCAGGCGCAAUACCGUCCAAUGACCAGCUAUCCCUACGGUCCGCCAAUGCCUACGGGUAACCUCCGACCGGUAUACGCACCAUAUGGUUCACCUAUGCUCAGUUCGGCGAGUCCCACCAUGAUGUACCCCCCUCCAGUGGCUUCUAGCCCCGCACCACGACCGAUGAAUGGCCAAACCCCGUAUGCUCCACCGUUGUGGAUGCCGGUUUCAUCCGCCACUGCGGUGCCGAACGGCGUAAUGAGACCUAUGCCAUCCCCAUACGCGCAACCCGUCAUGGCAUAUCCGGCCCCCGGAUCGCCAAUGUACCCCCAACCGGGAAUACACCCGCCUGGUACUCCGAUUCAUGCACAUGGAGCCACAAGCAGGGGACGUGGCAUGCCGAUGGGCAGCCCAGUAGUCGGGCACGCACACCCGCCUGGCAGUGUACCCAUGUACGCGGGCAGCCCCGUUCUAAUGCAACCGCCUAUGGGCAUGACCCCAAAUCAUUCCCAAUCUUACCCCUCGCCAGUCUCGGUCGCACGGGCACCCGCUCGUCCGUAUGACGCCCCUUCCGCCAUUCCACAAGCUGGACAUACGCCUUACGCUCCCGCCACGGCAUCUUUCGCCCGACCAGGGUGGUAA